CUUUACGGCAUAAGGGGGCCUUUCGCGGCAGAGUGGCGGAAGCGAGAGGGAAGGCGACGCAGGUUUGCUUUACGUUCUCUACGCAAUGAGCCUCUACGACCUGUUCCGCGGCGUUUUCGGGUUCCGCGGGGAGCGCAGGCCCCGAGACCCCUUCUUCGGGGGGAUUACCCGGGAUGACGAUGAUGAAGAUGACGACGACGAAGAUGGCAGUCCAUACUUUGGGGCGAGGCCCUCCGACGACUUUGGGUUCGGCUUCACUUUUGGCCCAGGAGGGAUGCGGUUCCAUGACAGCUUUGGCUUCGACGAGCUCUUCCGGGACUUUAAUGACCUUUUCAACGAGAUGGGAGCCUGGUCCCAGCCUUCGCGGUCCUUUGAGUUCCCGGGUGUGGAGGCACCACCGCUGAUGGAUGACUCUCAUGGGAAGAAGGAAUCUUUGCGUGACUCGAUGCUCAAGUACCCGGACAGCCGGUGGCCGCGCAGAGCCCGAGAGGAGGGCUCGGGUCCUACAGCUCCAGAAGGGAGGCCGUGGCAACCAUUCCAAGGGGUUGGAGAGAGAGAGAGCGCCCCCAUUGACCUGAAGGAUGCCCCAAAGGAAGACAGAGAUCUGGACUCACAUGUCACGUCUGAAGGCCUUGAGACGAUCCUUCCCCCAGCCAAGCCCCGAUCUUAUUUCAAAAGUGUCUCAGUCACCAAAGUGGUGGCGCCUGAUGGGACUGUGGAAGAACGCCGGACUGUGAGGGACAGCCAGGGUCACGAGGAGACAGUGGUCACCCGUCGGAGUAGAGGGGAACCGGAUGCAGGCCUCGUGGGUAGCCGGCAGGACAGCCCAGGUGACCUGGCACUUUUCGGCUCACGCCCCGGAGAAGACAUGGGUGACUCCUCGUCCAUCCUGAACAGCUUCUUCCGUCGCUGGUUCUCAAGCCGAUAAUGCAGUGUUCAGGAUGUGUGGGUGCCUCCCGUCCUGGACCCCCUCCCAGAGAAAAACGAGCGGUGGGACCCUCUGCCUUGGACGCGGCCUCCUUCCUGCGUGAUGGUGGCUGCCGUGCUGCCGCCCCCCGUCUUUGGAGAAGGCCUCGCAGCCCAGAAAGAGGCAAUAAAUUAACGCUCUAUUUAUGCUG